AUGACAGUUCCACCCAUGAACGGUAGUCUUGUUGGUGAAAUGGAUCACCCCGCCGCAGUUAUGUCGGAUGCUGUACUGGACGCACUCCUUGUUGGCGUCGAUGCGGCCAGCAGAGCGAAGGGGAGGAAGGCCGGUGUCGAAGGUGUCGAGGGUAAUCUAUGGACUGGACAUCAGGUCCUUAUCUGUAAGCCAGACUUAUGUCGACCAUUCGGAGUGGUGGUGGGGUUUGCUGCUGCUGGUCUCCUCCUGAUGGAACGGGAGAGCCGUGGUCGCAUGCCUGGAUGCUAG